GACCACUGGGUGGCGUCAAAAAGCUACGACGUAAAUAUGACUUCGGAGGUUCAGUUCACCGGUUGACAUCAGUCGUUUCAAAUGAUUUAAUCGGAGAAGACGUGUUUCCAACUUGUUCCAGCCUUAUUUUCACGUGUGAUCGCGAUCGCUAGUGGGUACCGUAUUUGAAACGAAACAAGAAUAGUGGCGAACAGAUUUAAUUAAAGUGAUGAAGACAAUGUUUCUGAUAAUAGCGUCUUUGACGCUUUGCGCGCUGUCCAAAAUCAAUGCACAAGACUCACCCUGUACCACCCCGAGCAACACCCCGGGAAUGUGCAUACCGGUGGAUCGAUGUCGAAACAUUAUAAAGAUCUUCAAGCUGCAACGGCCCAUUUCUUCCCAUCAACUGCAGUACAUUCGACAAUCCGCCUGCCACAUCCCGGACACAAAAUAUGCCGUAUGUUGUCAGCUCAACGAGAUCGAUCCGGCCCAAUCGCUUUUACCAACGGAGUGUGGAGUCACGACCGAUGAUCGGAUAUCCAAUGGGGAAAAUGCCGGCCUCUUUGAGUUCCCUUGGAUGGCCUUGCUGCGGUAUCGGGAGUUUAAUGGUGAAAUAGUUGACGGCUGCGCGGGAUCGUUGAUUACUGAGCGGUUCGUGCUAACGGCGGCCCACUGCAUCAAGGUGAAGAGUAAAACACUAGAUCAUGUUCGAUUGGGUGAAUACAACAAAAAGACGUACGUAGAUUGCGUAUCCCAAGACUGCGCCGAUCCACCACAGGAUAUCAAAAUAGAGCACACCGUCAUCCAUCCUCAGUAUAACACGCCAAAGUUUUCCAAUGACAUCGGCCUAAUUCGCCUGCGACAAACGGUUGUAUUUCAAGAUCACAUCAAACCUAUCUGUCUUCCGAUAACGCCCGAGUUCCAGAAGAUAAACUACCCCAGAUACAUACUUACGGGAUGGGGCAAAACGGAGAACGACCAGCUGUCGAACGUGCUGCAGAAAGCAACUCUACCUCGGGUGGACAACGAACAGUGUAUGCAAGUGUUCAAGCUGAACCAACUGCCAAUCAAACUGACCGAGAAGCAAAUGUGUGCCGGUGGGAAAAACUUUACCGACAGCUGCCGGGGAGAUUCUGGAGGACCCCUGGGAAUGGUUGGCAAGCUGAACAAAGCCCCGCGUUUCAUUCAGUUCGGUGUCGUUUCCGUCGGCAGCAAUUCGUGUGGGGUUCAAAAUGUUCCCAGCGUCUACACCCGAGUGGGAGAAUACAUGGACUGGAUUGAAGGACAUCUGCAUUCGUAAUGCCUAUUAUUCAUCAAUAUAUCUUAUAUCUAAAUAUAAUACUCUAAACAGGGAUUUCUCAUUGCCAAAAACUCAUGUAGAUAAGAUUGAAAAUAAAUAUUAUUUAUGAAAUAAACGAAAAUAACUUACCGUCGCCUA